GCGCAGAGUGGGGGACUCUGCCCGUGCUGCCCCCUUCUCGGCCAGGUCUGGGCUCCUGGGUUCCCGCCCUGCCUGCUGCUGGCACGGGGCUGUGACUCGUCUUCUUGGGCCCUGGUGGAGUGUAUAUCGGUGCUGAGUUAGUCCUGGCGUCGGGGGAGCCGCCCUGGAGCAUUUAAACGGCGAGACUCCCCACCUCUGCUGGGUUCACUGUGCUGCCAACAGACCGACCGGACCUUGCUCCCUUUCCCCCUCCCCCGCUUCCAGCCUGCGCGGUGCCCGCCCGCCCUGGACCCGUUGUUCAAAACCAGCUCCGUGAGUUUCCGUAAUCCAGCACUUGGUGUAGCUACGUUUGUACUAUGCAUUAACGGGACACCGACUACUUAAAAAUCACACUUCUGUUUGGAAACCUUUGCUGUUAUGCUUAAGGCCCCAUCCUUUAAAGAUGUCAGACUACGAAAAUCAGUCGUUGUCAGAGUCCGAGUCAGAAGAAUCUGUCAUCACUGACAAAGAGCUCCAGACAGCAUUUUCCAGGGGUGCCCUGAAGCCAGGGCUCAAUGUCGUGCUUGAGGGGCACAAGAAGGCUCUUAACAACGUGGAUGGCUUGAAGCAAUGUUUGUCUGAAUUCAAGCAGCACCUAGCCUGGGUGGAAAGGCUGGAUGUGACCUCGGGUCAGGCACCAAACGUCAUGAAUCCAACCUCAUAUCACACACCUGACAAAGCCACCGUCGACCCUGAAGAUGACUUCCAGAGAGAGAUGAGCUUUUACCGUCAGGCCCAAGCAGCGGUGCUGAAAGCCCUGCCUUGGCUACAUCACCAAAAAGUCCCCACAAGGAGGCCAGAUGAUUACUUUGCAGAGAUGGCCAAAUCUGACCAACAGAUGCAGAAGAUUCGACACAAGCUUAAGAGCAAACAGGCAGCAAUGGAGAAGUCUGAGAAAGCAAAACAGCUUCGUGCACUGAGAAAAUAUGGCAAAAAGGUACAAACAGAGGUUCUGCAGAAGAGGCAAAAGGAAAAAGCAACUGUGCUGAAUGCAAUCAAGAAAUACCAGAAAGGUCUCUCUGACAAGCUAGAUUUCCUGGAUGGGGAACAGCCACCACCACAUCAGGGGAAGAAGGAAGGAGAUGGUGGUCAACGAAUAAAGAAAGGACCAAACGCCAAGCGACGUUACAAGAAUCAGAAGUUUGGUUUUGGUGGGAGGAAGAAAGGCUCAAAAUGGAACACACGGGAGAGUCACAAUGAUGUAUCCAGCUUCCGGGCUAGUGUGGCCCACAACAAGGGCCCUGGGAAAGCAGGGAAAAAAGGUUUCAAUAAGAGACCGGGCAAAAAGAUGAGGCAGAAAAUGAAGAGUCGAACCUGAUGAGGAUUGAGUGGGAUAGACCCUGUUUCCCAGUGGUUUUGGUUUAGUUUCUGUGUAUGUAUGAAUUGCAGUUGUUCCUUCAGGCAGUUCUAACUGCUGUAGACAAGCUGGAUGGUGCCAUUUGAUGCAAGUGGUUGCAGUGGAAGUGCAUGUACAGUCACUAAUCCUUUUGUACUGUUAGUUUUCCUCAAGUUUUUUCUUCUGCUUCUUAAGCCUUGGGCCUGCAUAUGUGAACUCAUUAAAUAGUGUGGACAGAUCUCA